AUGCCUUCCUCUUCUUCGCCGGACAAACAGCCAGGCGGCAGCCCUCCCCGCGCCCAGCUGCCUCCCCGUACCUACCAGUCCUCCGAGCUUCAGCACGCCAUCGACGAGUUGCGCGCACCCUCUCCGUAUCCCGAUGAUGCUCAACGCUCUUCCGACAGAACCUAUGCCAGCGGCGCCCCGUACAACGUCCCUUCGGCGUCGUCUGCUUUCACGUACACCAGCGGGCCUUCUCCCUCCGUCCAGCUCCGAAGCCAACCCAUAUCCGUGCCGGGCUACCUUCCAGCCUCGAGCGGCCCACAACUGCGAGCUCUCCCGUUCCAGCAUCAGCGUUCGUCAACUCCUCGGCCCUACCCACACAUGGGCGCCGGCCAGCAAAUGGGCCAAUCCAGCUCGAGCGCCGCCCAGCUGAUGCCGCACCCGAGCUACACGUCCCAUCACCGAGGUCAUAGCGUCGAUGGCUCCGGCGUUCCGCCCUACCCACCUAACCCGAACGCGGGAGCGUACGGAGCCCAUUACCCCCAAGGCACGAUCCCGACGCCGUCACAGGUCGUCAGCGCCGGGUAUAGGCAGCCUGCAGGCCAGAGUCCUCCGCUUAUGCUGCCCCACAAUAUGGCAUCGACGUCUGCGGCUGGCUCGCCUCCUCAGAGCCCGGGCGGUCCGGCGCCGCGCUACACCUGCCCGCGCUGCCCGAAGACGUUCUCUCGCUCGCACGACGUCCAGAGACACAUCGAUACUGUCCACUCGGCUGCUAGCGGGGCAACCAACCCAUGCCCGCAUUGUGGCAAGCCGUUCAGUCGCCCGGAUUCGCUCAAGCGACACGUCAAAAACGGAUGCGAAGACGCCUAG